AUGCGCUUGGCAUCCCAUCCCCGCCCCCAGCCCGGCGAGGCGGAGGCAAUCGCGAGGCCGGAUACAAAGUUUAGCCCCGCUCCCCCUCAGCCGGGCCCAGAGGACACGGGCCUGGCUCACUCCCACCCAGCUGAUGCAGCCCUGUUGCUGCCGCCUUCCCCACAGUGCAGCAAAUCAGCAGCCCUACAGCAGAGGCUCGAGACAGUGGAGGCCAGCCUGGCAGCCAACAAGGACAGGAUCACUACUCUGCUUAACAUUAUCCAUGACCUGGAGUCAUGCCACACUCCCACCAGCGGUCGGCGAUGCUACAUAACUGGACAGGACCUCAAAAACUGCUCAACCUGCCAGAAGACUGCUUGUAUUGUCUACAGUGUGGAGUACGACUUCAGGCAGCAGGAAAGACGCUUCUUGGAGGUUCUGAAUCAUUCGGCGGGCGGCAACCGCGACUUCUCCGUGCACCUGUCCCAGCCCUUGAACUUCGGCCUGCUCCGAAACGGCAUCAUUAGGAACUUGACAAAGACGAAGGUGAAAAGCAAAAAGCUGUGCAAGACCCUGUUCAAAUGGAUCCCGAGGAAAAUUCAGCAGGUGUAGCCCUCCGUUGAUCCCCGUGUGCUGUUUGAUAGCCGUUAGCCUGUGUUACAAGUGACCAGCAGAAGCCUUUUUUGCAGGGGGAUUCUUUACUCUUCCUUCCCAUAGAAUGAGAGAUUCUGAAUUAGGCGCUCACCCCACUAGAGUUCCACUCUCCUGCACACUGUCAAAGCUUAUAAAGCAGGAUUUUGUACCCCUAAUUUGCCCCUGAUCUGUGUGACCUUCAUCUAGUAUCAUCCAUAAGAGAUUCUUUAACAUUUUUGAAAGUUAAUGCUAUUUUGUUGUCAGUAUGCCUGCGUACAAUUUAUGGCUAACCUCCACCAUAGAUUUCUAUAUCUAAUUUUAUAUAUGAGAUUCUUUUCUCUUUGCACUGUUAUGAUUAAUGCAGUUGGAUUUACAUUUCUCCUUCAGCUGUCCUUCUCCCGCCCCGCCACCCAAAGAAUAAAUGUUCUGUACACAAGUUUUGUUACACUUGAUUUGUCUGUAAAUCUCCUAAUUUGUUCUUUAAUUCUGAU